CUUCCCAACAAGUUAACAAUAUUGGAAUUUUUCGUAGCCCCUCACUGAUGAAGCACAAGAAACCAUUGCCAGGACAAGAAGCACCCGUUACGACAGCACAUAUAAGACCAUAAAGAGACACUUCACUUGAAUUUGCAAGAGAAACACAAGAAAAUGGAGGAUUCAAGCAAACCCCGGAACCCACAUUGCUUAGUUCUAUCGUACCCAUCCCAAGGCCACAUCAACCCCAUGCUCCAAUUCUCCAAGCGUCUACUCCACAAGGGAGUCAAAGUCACUCUUGUUACCACCAAAUCCAUAUCCAAGACCCUGCAUGGAUCCUCCUCAUGCACCUCCAUCGCGCUCGAGGCGAUCUCCGAUGGCUUCGAUGAUGGUGGCAUUGGGGCUGCAGGUAGCCCCGAAGCCUACUUCGAGCGUUUCUAUAAGGUUGGCCCUGAAAGCCUGAGCGAGCUGGUCGAGAGGCUAAUCUCUGGCGGUCCGCCGCCAAUUUGCAUCAUCUACGACGCGUUGUUGCCUUGGGCUCUUGACGUGGCCCAGAAGUUUGGGCUUGUUGGGGCUGCUUUCUUCACCAUGUCUUGUGCUGUGAACAGUGUGUUUUACCACUGCCAAAAGGGACUGCUUGAGGUUCCUGUCAGGAAGCAAGUUUUGCUUCCUGGAAUGCCUCCUCUUGAGCCUCAAGACAUGCCAUCCUAUGUGUGUGAUUUGGAGUCAUACCCAACAUUCUUUCGUGUGCUUGUGAACCAGUUCUCCAAUCUUGAUAGAGCGGACUGGGUGCUUUGCAGUGGGGUUUAUGAGCUGGAACAGGAAACCGCAGACUGGUUCAUGAAGCUCUUGCCCUUCAGGACCAUUGGACCAACAGUACCGUCCACCUACCUAGACAACAGGAUUGAGCAAGUCAACGAAUAUGGCCUCAGCAUCUUAAAACCGGACCAUGACACUACCAUGAAAUGGCUGAGCACAAAGCCAAAAGGGUCAGUUGUGUAUGUCUCCUUCGGAAGCGUGGCAGAGCUAAGGAUUGACCAAAUGCAAGAGAUUGCGAUGGGACUAAAGAGAAGCAACUGCUACUUCCUCUGGGUGGUCAGACCAUCAGAAGCAGAGAAACUCCCACAAGGCUUUGCAAAGGGUACUGAAACAUCCCAAAAGGGUCUAAUCGUAACAUGGUGUCGUCAGCUCGAAGUCCUUUCACACGAGGGAGUAGGGCUUUUCAUGACACAUUGCGGUUGGAACUCGACGAUGGAAGCACUUAGUUUGGGUGUGGUGAUGCUGGUGAUCCCACAGUGGACCGACCAGAUCACCAAUGCUAAGUACAUAAUGGAUGUGUGGAGGAUGGGGUUGAGGCCAUUAGCUGAUAAGGAGAGAGGUGUGGUGAGGAGUGAAGAGAUAGUGCAUUGGAUUAGGGAGGUAAUGGAGGGGGAGAGAGGGAAGGAGAUGAGAGAAAAUGCAGGGAAAUGGAAGAGAAUCGCUGGAGAAGCAGCUGGUGAGGGUGGGAGUUCUGACAGGAACAUUGAUGAGUUUGUUGCUAAAUUGGGUGGUAAGACUUUAAAAAAGGAGGAAGAGAAGUGCUAGAUGCACAGCAAAACGAUUAUUGCAGUGAUCGAUCUACUUAGGCUUGUGGACUGAUAUAAUAAGUUGUGCUGCAUAUUCCGGCUAUGCAUCCUGUUUGGGCGGGUCUCGCGUAUUAGGGAAGUGCCUAUUUUGUACGUGUAGUACCUACAAGUUCUACACAAUGUGUGUGAACCUAUCGAUCUUUGUCUAUGCUAAUUUGUUGUGGAAGAGCUCGACUGGACCAGGAAAGAAGUUGAUUAUGCAAAAAUGUUGCAAAAUUAAUUGGACUUCAUCCUUUUGCAAAAUGAAGAACAAAAUGGGGAGAGAGAUGCACUAUGCAAAAUGGCUUCAGACUAAUUACAAGUAUCUUAUCAAUGAUUUUCCAUGAAAAACAGAGCCGAGUGGACGUAUUGAACAACUAAGAACGAAAUCAUUUAUUCUGUCCUAAUAGAGAUACUGCAUUUGAUUUCACGUUUUGUUUUUAAUUGAUAGAGUCACUGUUAAUAUGCAUCAUAUGGAGCCCUUGAAAGCUCUCUUAUUCUGCAAGAUUCCAGUUGAUUAGUUCCAUUAUACAGAGCAUUGUCAA